CGUAAUAACUCCGCGAACCUUACCACACGUUCCAAAGUCUAAACGUGCUGUAAUUCCAACUUCAUUUGGUUCUUUGUAGCAUAUCUAUUCAUAUCCACUGUAGAUACUAAUAUUUAUACAAAACGACCAUUAUUAUGGAGAAGAUCACCGAUGACCUGGUCAAGUACAAGGACUAUGUGUUUGCGAAGGAUUUGGUCAACGCUGAGCACAUUGACUCCCUGCAGAGCUUUGAGAUCCGGGACAGUGACAUCUUUCUGGUCACUUACCCUAAGUCAGGAACCAUCUGGACACAGCAGAUCAUCACUUCUAUCUGUGAGUCAGAGAUGGGUGAUAUCUAUCCCAACAACUUGGAGAUGAUGCCGUGGCUGGAGUAUAUUGAAAAACGCACCGACUACUCCUUACGCCCUAACCCGCGGCUAUUCGCCUCCCACCUCACCCCUGUCCUAAUGCCGCCAGGCCUGAGGGACAAGAAGGCAAAGAUGAUCUAUGUGAUGCGGAACCCGAAGGACAACGUGACUUCCUACUAUCACUGGUGUUUUAACUGGGCCAUGUUGGAGACCCCAAAGAGUUUCGAGGACUUUCUGGACCAGUGGUUAGCAGGGAAUGUUGGUGCUUCGUCCUGGUUCGACCACAUCAGAGAGUGGCACAGUAAGAGAGACCAGUACAACAUCCUGUUUCUGACCUAUGAGGACAUGAUCAUG